AUGAGCGAAGACAAUGACCCCACACUGGAAGAGUCCGGGCAUGUAGCCUCACACUCCGGAAGUACAGGCAAGCGAGCCUUCAGAAUUUGCGGUCUGGGAGGCUACGCAGUUCAGGUGGAUGUAGACCCUAUGACCAUGGGCUGGGAAGUCGUGGAAGCGGUAGCAGCCCAAGUCGGCCGCCCCGCGGAGUCCCUUCUGCUGACCUCGGGCGGCAGUGUGCUCAAUCUACGUGGGUCCCUGCUGGAACAGGUGACGAACAGCGAAGUCACGUACGUGGCUCAACGCUUCGGUGCGGGUCGGGCCGCGGUGGGCUUGGAAAAAGCUCUUGCGAAGAAAGCCUUCACUCCUGCGGAUGCGUGCGCUCUCAAUGAAGUCGCCUCCUUGACUUUUGGCUUGGACUUCAACCAGAGCUUGGAGGGGAUCCAGCUGCCCAGCACCCUGCAGACAUUGACGUUUGGCUACGAGUUCAACCAGAGUUUGGAUGGGGUGCAGCUGCCCAGCACUCUGCAGACGUUGACGUUUGGCUACAAGUUCAACCAGAGUUUGGAGGGGGUUCAGCUCCCCAGCACCGUGCAGACGUUGACGUUUGGGUACAGCUUCAACCAGAGUUUGGAGGGGAUCCAGCUGCCCAGCUCCCUGCAGACGUUGACGUUUGACUACCAGUUCAACCAGAGUUUGGCAGGGAUCCAGUUGCCCUGCGCGCUGCAGACGUUGACGUUUGGCCACAAGUAUAACCAAAGCUUGGAGGGGAUCCAGCUGCCCAGCACCUUGCAAACGUUGACGUUUGGUUGGGACUUCAACCAGAGUUUGGAGGGGAUCCAGCUGCCCAGCACGUUGCAGACGUUGACGUUUGGCUACGAGUUCAACCAGAGUUUGGAUGGGAUCCAGCUGCCCAGCACCCUGCAGACGUUGACGUUUGGCGGCCACUUCAGUCAGAGCUUGGAGGGGAUCCAUUUGCCCAGCACCCUGCAGAAUUUGACGUUUGGAUACGGCCUCAAACAGAUCUUGAACGGGAUCCAGCUGCCCAGCACCCUGCAGACGUUGACGUGUGGUUGGGACUUCAACCAGAGCUUGGAGGGGAUCGAGCUGCCCGGCACCCUGCAGGCGUUGACGUUUGGCUACAAGUUCAACCAGAGUUUGGAGGGGAUCCAGCUACCCAGCACCCUGCAGACAUUGACAUUUGGAGCUGGUUUCAACCAGAGCCUGCAUGGGAUCCUGUUCCCCAGCACCCUACGGACGUUGACGUUCGGCCACAAGUUCAACAAGAGUUUGGAGGGGAUCCAGCUGCCCAGCACCCUGCGGACGUUGACAUUUGGGUACGGCUUUAACCAGAGUUUGGAGGGGAUCCAGCUGCCCAGCACCCUGCGGACGUUGACAUUUGGGUACGACUUUAACCAGAGCUUGGCGGGGAUCCAGCUGCCCAGCUCCCUGCAGACACUGACGUUUGGCUACCAGUUCAACCAGAGUUUGGAGGGGAUCCAGUUGCCCUGCACCCUGAAGACGUUGACGUUUGGGUACAGCUUCAACCAGAGUUUGGAGGGGAUCCAGUUGCCCUGCACUCUGCAGACAUUGAUGUUUGGCCACAUGUUCAACCAGAGUUUGGAGGGGAUCCAGCUGCCUAGCACCCUGCAGACCUUUGGCGGCCACUUGAACCAGAGUUUGGCCGGGAUCCAGUUGCCCUGCGCCCUGCAGACGUUGACCUUUGGCCACACGUAUGACCAAAGCUUGGAGGGGAUCCAGCUGCCCAGCACCUUGCAGACGUUGACGUUUGGUUGGACCUUCAACCAGAGCUUGGAGGGGAUCCAGCUGCCCAGCACGUUGCAGACGUUGGCGUUCGGCUACAAGUUCAACCAGAGUUUGGAUGGGAUCCAGCUGCCCAACACCUUGCAGACGUUGUCGUUUGGUCGGAGCUUCAACCAGAGCUUGGACGGGGUCCAGCUCCCCAACAGCUUGCAGAGUGUUCAAUUUCCGUCGUUUUGUGUUGCCACCUCGAUGAGCACAGAAGAGGCACAAGGCAAAAAGGACGCCUGGAUGACCAUCAAAGCCUGA